CAAUAUGGAAAUCAUGUAAAACUUACCUGAAAAGAAAAUAAAAAUAAUAAAUUAGUACUUGUGAAAUAAGAAUGUAGUAUUCAAUAAAAAUAUCGACACGCUUUUUAUUCGAGUGUACCACCUCUAAUGAUAGUACAAUUGCGAAUCAUAAACAACGCCAACACAAUGUGCACCUUAGGUUCCCAAAUCUCAUUAUCUUGUCGAAUGACUACUAUUAUAGUCGCGUAUUGAUAACACUGUUAUGAGUUGGAUCAUUACUCUGGACUGCGACCACAACGAAGUUACCCACCGUAGGAUAGGAUUGAGAGCAACACAACAAAAUCAUGUCAUCCGUGGAAUCCUUGCACAGAGAGGAUGAUGAUUACCACCCAUUCAAAAAUCGUCAGGUGGAGAAACCUAACUCGUAAAACCUUUGGGACGUUAAUUCACAUGGUCAAAGGAUCGCUCGGAACGGGGAUUAUGGCUAUGCCGUUGGCGUUCAAAAAUGGAGGACUUGCUUUUGGCGCCCUUGGAACGGUUGCGAUUUGUGUUAUCUACACGCAUUGUGUUCAUUUGCUGGCUGGGACGUCUCAGAAAGCUUGCAAAAGAAAUCGAGUUCCUAUGCUAGGUUAUUCGGAAACGGUAGAAAUCGUCUUCAGCAAUGGUCCAACUAAAGCUAGAUUUCUAUCUAAAUUCACAACUGGAUUCGUCGACAUAAUGAUCCUCAUCCAAAGCGUUCUUACGUGUUGCCUGUUCCUAAUAUUCAUAGCUAAAUCCAUACAUGACGUUGUUUACAAUCAACUGGGUGUAGAAUGGGACGUUCGCUACUACAUACUAAUGGUGGUGGUUCCAGUCAUCUUCAUCACUCAGAUUCGAGAAUUGAAAUAUCUGGUUCCGAUUUCGUUGAUUGCCAAUGCCCUACUUAUUUGUUCCAUUGGAAUUACGCUCUACUUCAUUUUAAGCGAACCGUUUACGCUGGAAGACAAGAACUUGUGGCCCCAGUGGAGUACCGUUCCAUCAUUUGCUAGUGCAGUGUUGUUUGCAAUUCAAGGAAUAAGAUAUGUCCUUCCAGUGGAAAAUAAAAUGAAGCAUCCGCAACUCUUUUUGUCCAGCUGCGGGGUGCUCAACAUAGCCAUGACUUUCCUGAUCUCACUCUAUACAUUAACGGGGUUUUUCGGUUAUGCACAAUAUGGCGAAAAUACUGAGGGAUCUGUUACGCUCAAUCUUCCAGCGAACAAUCCUUGGGCCGAAUCUACACGCGUGCUCUCUGGUGUUGGCAUUAUGUUCUCACUAGGACUCAGCUACUACGUCCCGAUGGAAAUCCUGUGGAAUCACGUUGGACAUAAGAUCUCAAAGCGGUGGCACAAUUGGGGCCAAAUUAUAGCUCGUUUCACGGUACUGAUGCUUUUGGCAGUGGUGGCAAUCGCCGCACCGGAGAUCAGUCCUUUCGUUGGGCUGGUUGGAUCUUUUGGAUCGUCGAUGCUGGCGAUUUUGAUUCCCGUUGCACUGGACGUUUUGAUACGGUGGCCACACGAUUUUGGCUGGUUGAAGUGGUUGUUGUGGAAAAAUGGAUUGUUAGUUUUUUUCGGGUUGUUUAUACUCGUAGCUGGAACGUACUUCAGUAUAAAGGAUAUUGUGGCAAUAUACCAAUAA